CGUUCCUGGCAUUCAUGAACUCGUCUGCCUUCACCGUAGCGAUACGACCAAUCAUCACAGAAUUCAAGAAAACGUCGACUGAGGCAAGCUACUUGACAUCGUUGCAGGUUCUUGGCAUGGGCUUUGGUGCUCUCUUUAUGAUGCCAAUGACCCGUUUGAUUGGCAAGCGCCCUGUCUAUCUAGCGUCCAUCCUCUUCCUGUGCGUCACCAACAUCUGGUCAUACUUCAGCCCGAGUUACGGGUCGCUACUGGCGUCGCGUAUAGUCGGGGGCUUAAUGACGGCCGCGGCCGACGCACCCGUGCCCAGCCUGGUGGCAGAUCUCUUCUACUUCCACGAACGAGGGCAUGCCAUGAUGAUCUUCCAUGUUGCCAUCAGUGCUGGUGCAUUUGGUGGCCCCUUCAUUAACGCGUACGCUACGCAGUACGCGGGAUGGCGCUGGAUGUGUGGUAUUAUGGCCAUCGCCGCCGGAGUCACCUCCAUAGUCGCACUGUUUACUGUCCGCGAAACAGUCUAUGUUGUGGAUGGACCCAGAGAUCUGCUCAAGCCUGAAGAGGAAUACGCUGCGAAGAGGACAUGGGUUGCCCGACUCUCCCUCACGGCAGGAUUCAAUCCCAAUGCAUCAUUCUUUGGGUGGGUAGCCAGGACUAUCAGUCUCGUGGCAUAUCCCUCUGUUUGGGUAGUGGGCCUCACUGUGGGAUUAUUUAUUGGAUGCAACAUUGCAAUCCAGAUAACAUCCACACAAACCUUCACUGCAACUCCUUACCACUGGACCGUGCACUCUCUCGGACUCCUUUCUCUUGCCGGCUUCGUCGGGGCCGUAGUUUCUUUCGUCUUUGGCGGCUGGCUCAUCGACUUUAUCGCUACUAAACUGGCAGCUCGCAACGCCGAGCACGUUGAGCCAGAAUAUCGCCUGCCCGCCAUGGUCAUUCCCGCCGUCAUCGGUCCAAUGGGCGUUCUAAUCUUCGGACUAGUGAUUGCCAGUGGUAAGAGCUGGGGAGGUGCUGCAGUGGGUUACGGCAUGGAAGGGUUCGGCGCAACGGCUGCGAGCAACAUCAUCGUCACCUAUGCAGUCGACGCAUACAGGCCUAUUGCCGGGGAGAUUAUUGUCAUAGUCUUCGUAAUCCGGAACGUGAUCGCUUGCUUGAUUUCGACGUACAUUACGGCUUGGCUUCAGAGCCAGGGCAUCCGACAGGCAUAUGGCGAGCUAGUAGGCGUGGCGUACGCCAUCCUAUCUCUAUCUCUACUAUUGUAUAUCUUCGGUCGCCGCAUACGACGCUUCACGUCAAGCUUUGGCCCAAUGGCGAGUAUUAGAUACUAG